AUGUUAUCUCCGUUUCAAAGCACUUUCAUUUUGAUUUUCCAAAUAGUGUAUAUUUCACAAUUCUUUUUCUGCAGAUUCAACCGCGGGUCCCUACUGAAUAUCGGAGUUAAGGAGUCGGACCUGAUGGAAAAUCAUUAUUUUGAAUCGACCUUCUCUAAAUGGACAAUGCCCCUUCCAUCCACACAGAUGAUAGCUCUCCACGAUGUUGACCUUCUACCCGUAUCAGACAGCUUGAACUACCAACAUUUUGGCAAAUUCCCCCACCAUCUUAUCCCCUAUUGGAUGCAUCCUCAGUACUAUAAUUAUCCAAAGUACAUUGGAGGUGCUAUGAUAAUCUCUCGACAAUCGUUUAACCUCGUUAAUGGAUUUUCUGAUCGAUACUGGGGAUGGGGUAGGGAGGACGAUGAAUUCGGCCUUCGAUUGAAGGAGGCUAACCUAAAUAUAUUAUCUGAUCGUAAGCCAUUUACCGUAGCUUCCAAGUUUCAACACCUUCACUCCAAAUUAAACAAACGCGAAAGGAGCCCUGCAGAUCUACAAGGAAUUGUACGACGAGAUCAUACCUCAGGACUAAAUACCACAAAAUAUACAGUCCUUUCUCGAAUAAAAUCCGAAAUCGCGAAUGUAAUAGCAUGGAUAAUCAAUGUUAAACUAGAAUGCGACGUCUUGAUAACCCCUAAUUGCCGUUCUGAUUUGUAA